AUGUCAAACGAGAUCUAUGACAACCCAAGUAUUGUCCAAAAAAUGAACGCUUCUCCAAAAAAAGCUUCACCAAAGGGUCAAUCAACAGCAAGUCCCGUAUCUUCUGAAUACGUUGUGGGAUUGCUUGAGGAAGUUCGUGCCGAAAACGUCAAGCUUAAAGCGGAAAAUGAUGAGCUUAAGAGUCGUGCUGCUGAGGAGAAGCUCAAUAUUGUGGACGUCAUGAAAGCUCAAAUUGCGACUCUCCCUGGCUAUAUGAAUUGGCUCGAAUCCAAGAGUCGCAAGAAGAAACAGAAGAUGGAGAAAUAG